AUGAAUAUUAUUAACUACCUUUACAAUAAGAGCAAGAGCAUAUACCACCGAAACAUCAGCGCGUACAAUUACAAUAAUAUAGAGAAUGAGAAUUUGAUUAGCAAUUUUGUGGAGAUCAGUAACGGGUACAGCAACCAGAGCUGCUCGUCCAAGUCGUCCUCGCGGACGUUGAUGCUGGGCGACAGGAAUGUGCGCACGGGGCGCAGGAAGAAGGGCCGGGGGGAGCGCCCCGCGGUUGGGUUAGCGGCGGGGUUGGCGGUUGGGUCAGCGGUUGGGUCAGCGACGGUCACCCCUUCCACCGCGGCGAGAGUGACCACUGCGCAGGGCGACCGCGUGGACCGGGCGAAGAACCCCGCCGGCAGGGAAGACGACCCGGGGAAGAAGAACCAAAGUUACGAAUUUAAUGUUCACAACAUCGGCUUCGACGCAAAGGUGUACAAAAACAGGUGCGAUGGAGUCUGCGUCCUGAAUGAUAAUAUUUACAUUUUCGAUAAAAUAAAAAAGUGUAUUUACCUGUACACCCCAUAUAACAACGUGUGGUACAUUUUCUUAAACAUAUGUGAAGAGCUAUCGGUGAAUAAAAACGGCAACUUGGAACUGACCAAUUUUUAUUUGAGCAGACCGGAACAGACCAUCGAAGGGAGCUUUAAUCACCUGAGCAAUAUUUCGUUUAUGAAUUACACAGAUGUGGUGUACCUUAAUAAUUGUAUCUUCAUCAUUAGCAGUAACUGUCACUUUAUGAAUUUCUGCAAAGUGAAUAUGCUCAAUAUGAAUACUCUCUUUGGCACCAUUGUGGUGGAGUCCGAGCAGAGUAACCUCGCUGAUUUUGAGCAGCUGUUGCGGAUGUGCAGCGUGGGUGAGACGGAGGAAAAGGAGAAGGGCAACGCUGAUGACGAUGAAGUUGUCCACAUGGGGGGGCCCUCCAGUUGGGAUGUGAAGCCGGGCGGGUCCUCUCCCCUGCAGGGGGAGGCAAGCAGGCCGAAGGGCACCAACCCUGCCGUUUCGUCCGUGGAGCGGACCAUGCGUAGUGAGGGAGCGGUUGCCGUGGAGCGAGAACACACCCUGGGUGGUUACCCAAAAAGAGGCGAUGGUCACCGUGGAAGCUGCUAUACCCACAACCGCUUUGCCGAUGGAGACGCGCCAACCCGGCGCAGCGGCAGCCACGACAGCCACUGCGACGAGUACGUCAGCGGGAUUUCCGAAUUUUCUGAAUUUUGCGAAUUUUCCGAAUUCUGCGAGUUUUCUGAGAUUUUUCCAAACGAAGAGAAGAAUCUUUUUAAAAAAAUGAAGAGGCUGAUAAAGGCCCGAGACUUCUUCUCCAUCUGCAGCGUCAGCGAGAGUUCCUACUCUUUGAUUUACCUCUUUGGGGGCAAGGGCAGCACCGUCAAAAGGGCCAACGAAUACGUUGACAUCAUUUACAACGAUUUGUACGUCUACGAUUUUUACCGAAACAGGUGGAUGGAGUUGUACCAGUACAGGAGGGGCGGUGGGGGAUGUGCCCCCGGGGAGCAGACAGAAAGGGAGCAACCGUGCGAGGAGCAGACAAGCAGAGAACAACCGUGGGAGGAAAACUCUCUUUUACGCACCCAUAUGGAAGAACCCACCGCAAACAGAGGAGGUAGGAGCAACCCGUCUUAUUUCAAACCGGGUGAUACUGCCUCCCCCGCGGGUACACAGAACGGGCGCCUCAUAGAAAACAACACCACCAACGCAGAAAAAUGUUUUAGCGAUAGUUUUUUUCUGCUAACUUCUAAUGACCCGUUUGGAAAUGAUAACACCGCGCAGUUGAGUACGGCUAAGAUGGAGGGGGGGGCGGCAAAUCAGAUGGACAGCCUACACCGCAACGUAGGCACGGUGGAUAGCAUGGCCACCGUUUCUACGUCCACUGCGGAGAGGAAGAGCGAUUCGUUUGUUCACGCGAAAGGCGAAUCAUGGGAUAGGAAUCUGAUGAGUGGAAACCGCAGAGAAGUUGCGAAGACAGAGGAGGAAGAGGCCAAGGACACCUGCUCAGAUCUGUACAGCCUCAUUUUUGACACUCAUGAGGAGGCUACGCAUGGAAAGGCUAAAAAUGCAGAGCGUGGAAGUAUCCACCGCGAAGUCACCCCCAUGGAGGGCCCCCAACAAACACGAACAAACAUCUACCAUGAGCGUAAGGACCCACCGUGCAAAGACUGCAUGCAGGGGAAGAAGUGCAAAUAUAUAUGCGACCUUAUAACAAACGGAGUGAAAAUCAAAAGCAUCCACUGGCUUGGAAAACGAGCAGGACAUUCCUGCACGUAUUAUAAAAACAACCUGUAUAUAUUUGGAGGCAUCAGCUAUUACAGCUUUAAUAGCAACAAAAUAAAUUUAAAUUUUUGCGACAAUUUAUUUUUGUACAAUAUACAGUCGAAUGAAUGCUUUGAAAUUCUGGCAAAGGGAAGCAUCCCGGAGAAGAGGUACCGGCAUGGGUGCGUCAUCCUUAAUGAUUAUAUGUUCAUUAUUGGUGGAGAGUGUAAGAGCUCCUCUUUACCAAGAAACGAUUUAUUUUUUUACAAUUUUAAAACCUCUGUGUGGACCGAAGUUGUUAUUAAUUCCAAGGUGGGGUCUCAUUCCCUGUACAAGACGGUGUGGCUAGAGAACUUCGGUUCGAUCUACAUGUUCGGCUCUUCCAUUCUGCGCCUCACGAAGAAGAACUUCCAGUACACCCCGUCGUACAAGAAUAACCAGAAGAGGGUGGACAGCCGGCGCUUCUGAGCGGCCGCGCGGGAAGGUGCACCCGUUUGGCAGGGUUUGCCGUGCGUGGCGGCGUCCUCCAAUUUUUACCACCGUUUGGCGGCUCCCCCCCUGCUUGUUUAGUUUUUCCGCCCCUCUAUGCGGAGCAUGCCAGGAGUGCACGCGAGGCGGUACCACAGUUAUGGACACUUUAGCCAAUUUAUAUGCCCACCGGUACCCUUUUGUUUGCCCCUCUUACCUUGUCACACCGACGCAGCCGUUUUGAAUGUCUCUCCCACAGAAUCCCCGCGCAGGGGGCUGCCUGCCACAUGUUUUAAUGAUUUGCAGACAGGCGCACGUGUGUACAGUUGUUCGUACAGUUGUGCGUUGUGCGCUUCUCUCUUUUUCGUAAUUCUGCUCUGCGCAGCGUUUUAAUGGCGCUUCGUCUUCGCCCUCUUCUUCUUCUUCGUUUUCCAUCCUCCCAUCUCCUUUUUUUUUCUCUCUCUUUUUUACCCCCGCGCGUUACCCACUUUUAUUGUUUCUUUUCCCGUGCGUGGUAAAUGUGGCGUUUUUUUUAAACAUGUAGGAGUUUCCCCGCGCCAUAGUUACACACGUAGCCGCGUUUUUCCUCUUUUUUUUUUUUUUUUUUUGAAUGCACAUCCUCUUAUCACUCUGCUGUUCUGCUGACUUAACGGCCACGCCCAAGUGUGUAGAGCAUUCCAAUGUAGCAUU